CGAGUCGCAUCCAAUCUUUAUAUACAUCUGGCAAAUGUUACACAUUUUUGGUUUGUGCGCCUGCUUUUCUUUGGUAAUUUUGCCGCAUUGGUGUCAUAGUCAUCAAAGUGCAUCGAAUCUGAAACACAUCCCGUAAAUCAUUUCUAAUACUGAUCCAACAAUUUUAUUGUACCAAAAACUCAGUUGUUGCUUAUUUUGUGUUGCUUAUAUUAUAAUAUUUAUUAUUGUCGCACUGUCAUAUGUGCACAUCGUAUAUCUGUUUGUGCUGGAAAUAUUUGGUCCAUUUACUCUCCACUCCCCGUUUUCAUAUCAUGGCACGCAAACAUUCCAUCGAAAACAAUUUAUGAGACCCUAGACUGUUUCUUUUUUCUGUCUUGCUUUUUGGAAGAUGAUGUUGCCCAUCUGCACGCAGCCGUUUCGCGUUGCAGGUUUCCUUAAACAUAUGUGUACAGUGUAAUCUGCUGUUAAGGCAAGUUUUUUUCAUCCCGAUAUUUGUGAAAAUAUCGGUCAAAAUAAUCUUUGUUUCGGCAUACGUUUUUUCUGAUGGAUGGACAGCCGACACUUUUUGAAUGUUAUCACUGUCAGUGUACGGUGACAGGUUGUGACAGUGGAAAUGAAAUUGUGCGCCUCUCAGAUUUGGUGUGCAUUUUCACUUGGAAUUACAUGUCUGAAUUAUUCCGUCUCCUGUUCUGAUGAUCAAGAGCGAUUGGUUCGUGACCUUUUCCGUAACUACAAUCCAUUAUUGCGGCCAGUGGAAAACAUUAAUUACACUGUCAACGUUUCGUUUGCUCUCACUUUGGGAUUAUUAAUUUACGUUAAUGAACGUCAGCAAGUUAUGAAAACGAACGGAUACACGAAUCUGGAAUGGAAGGAUCCACAGUUUGUCUGGGAUGCGGGCGAGUACGGCGGCAUUACGGCUAUACGCGUACCGGUGGAUAAAGUCUGGACACCGGACAUUGUCCUAAUUACCAAUACAGAUGGGAAAUUUGGACCAAGUUAUAAAUCAAAUGCAGUCAUAUACAGCGGAGGAAGUGUCAACUGGCUACCGCCGUUUAUUUAUAGAAGCUCCUGCCAAAUUCAAGUGGUCAAUUUUCCUUUUGAUCAGCAGCAGUGCGAAAUGCGAUUUUCAUCGUGGACGUACGAUGCGCACGAAGUGGAUAUUCAUCCAAAGAGCACCGUUGUGGACGUCAGUAACUACCUGAAAGGUGGUAUCUGGGAUUUAGUGGAUGCGCGCAUUCACCGCGUAGCGUACGACCAAUUCGCUUAUGCUUCGCGCGGCCGCGUACCGCGCGUGGACAUUAUUGUCACCAUUGUGAUCCGCAGGAAAGCCUUAUUUUAUACUGUGAAUUUGCUCAUUCCCACCGUCCUUAUUGCGUUUAUGACGGUUUUUGUCUUUCUUUUACCCACUGUUGCCGGAGAAAAGAUUACACUGACGAUAUCGUUGACGUUGACCAUUGUGGUUUUCCUGUUGUUAGUUUCCAAAAUUCUACCUCCUGCAGAUACGAUGCCUUUGAUAUCCAGAUUCCUUCUUUUUAUAUUUAUUAUGAAUUUGAUUUCCGUAUUUAUUACGGUUAUAACCAUCAAUCUCAACUACCGUGGACCGAAGACGCACGACAUGCCGGAAUGGUUGCGGGUUAUUUUUUUAAAGAUAUUUCCGCCUCUGCUGCUGAUGCGCCGACCGCCUAUUCAUUUACUACGAAGGAAUAAAAGCAAAUUAUCGGAUUACGGAAAAACCAGGGAGACACAUCCUUAUAAACGUUCCGCAGUGUUUUCUCGACAGCGAGCGGCUCCAAUCGAAUACAUUCCCAUGACCAACCAACGCGGAACUCCCGUGACCAUUGCGGGAUUACGAUUUAUGGACGAUACGGAUAGUGUGGAGGGAGAGGAAUUCUUUGAGCUCAGCCAGCAUCCGGACGCGGCAGUUGUGGCCAAUUCCGUGGAAACUAUUGCGGCCAAUAUGGAGUGGAAUAACGAAAUAAAACUGAUCGAGGAGGACUGGAAAUACUUUGCUCUCGUUGUGGACAGAAUUUUAUUGUGGAUUUUUUUCUGGGGCACAUGUAUUGGAUCCAUGUGGAUAAUUUUAGGUGGCGAAAAUAUUUUUAUUCAGAUUGACGAAGAGGCGACCAUUGAGCGGCUAAAAGCGAUGAUAUAAUACGUGCAUACGGUAUAUACUUCGUAGUAUGUAUCAACAUGAUACCGUGCAUCGUGAGCAUCUGAAAACCGUUUUUUGAACAAUAGAUAUUGAAUUUGUUCGGGACAAUUUCAAAGCAAACGAUAGCUGGCAAAAUUUUGGAUUCUGUAGACCUUUUUUUAUUUUUGCAUUGGAACUUCUAUGAUUAAUAAGUAAAGGAGUUAGGAGCCGUAGUUCUUUGGUGAGCAAACACAUAACAUGGAAUGACAAAGAAUUUAAAGUUGGUGCAUAGGCACGACAUAGUCGAACAGGUACGGUGAGUUCAGGAUGAUGCCCAUUGAUCCGGCGGACGUGACAAUAAAAAAUACCCACAACAAUAAACGGUCGAUCACUUGCGACACAAACCGCCAAUCCUCCGAACUCUGCAAUAAUUAAGCCAAAAAUGUUUUCGUUUGAAAACGCUUAGUUUUUCUAUACUGGUGCCGCGCCCUACAGUAGUGCUGCUGACAGUCAGUAGUCUGCACAGUUGUAGAGCGGCACUGGCUAUCCUUAAGAUCCGGUCACAGAUGACCUUUCUAUGAAGGGUAAACUAAAUUAAGUUGUUACGCUCUUACUUCCUCGAGAUUGGUUUUUUGUCUCAUGUUGUCCGCGAU